UCUUUCCUGCUCCUUCCACUCUUUCCAGCUAACCAGGCUAACCCUAACCUUCGUUGACGUCGGUUGGCUGAGUGACUCUGUAUGUAGCUUUUUUCAACUACGAUUAAAAGAUUAGAUCAGUCAAAAUGGUUUCGAGGGCGACGUCGAGAAGGAUUCCCGAGGCGGAGCCGCGUAUAGACUACGUGCAAUGUGACGGGCUGGUGGUGAUGAAGAUGGUGAAGCACUGUCACGAGGAGUCCUCCGGCAACAUGGAGGUCGCCCAGGGCGCUCUUCUCGGCCUGGUCGUGCAGAAUCGUCUGGAGAUCACCAACUGUUUUCCGUUUCCCAAGAACGACGAGAUCAUGGACGAGGAGGAGUAUCAGCUUGCCAUGAUGCGAAGACUGAGAUGGGUGAACGUUGAUCACUUCCAUGUCGGUUGGUACCAGAGCGCAGACGUCGGCAAUUUCCUGAAUCUGUCUCUGCUGGAGUCGCAGUACCACUACCAGACUUCCAUCGAGGAAUCGGUCGUGCUUAUUUAUGACACCGCAAAAUCUGCCAGAGGUUUCCUGACGCUUAAAGCGUACCGACUCACUCCGCAAGCGAUACAGAUGUACAAGGAGAAUGAGUUUACUCCAGAAGCUUUGCGUACCUUGAAAAUUGGAUACGAGAGUCUCUUCGUUGAGAUCCCGGUAGUCAUAAAAAACAGUAAUCUGACGAAUAUCAUGAUGUCCGAAUUGGACGAGAUGAUUCCUGAGGAACAGGGUACCAAGUACCUGGAUCUUGGAACGGCCACGGUAUUAGAAAACCAAUUGAGAUGUUUAAUGGAUCGAGUGGAUGAAUUGAAUCAGGAAGCGAUGAAGUUCAACAGAUAUCAACAGUUGGUGGUUCGACAGCAGCAAGAUAAGAAUAGGCUGCUGGCCAAGAGAGCUCAAGAAAACGCUGCCAGGGCCGCAAAGGAUGAACCGCCGUUACCUGAUGACGAUAUCAAUAAGUUGAUGAGACCUCUACCAGUCCCACCAAGGUUAAAUCCAAUGAUUGUCGCUGGACAAAUCAACACGUACAGUGAACACAUUUCGCAAUUCUGCGCUCAGAGCUUAGCAAAAUUGUAUAUCACUCAAAGCCUGCAAAACGCAAAGGAGGCAAAAUCUUCUCAUUAAUAAGAUUACUGUACUGUACUGUAUUACGAAUAUCUGUAACAUUCGAAGAAUGUACUACACAUAAAUAAAUGAAAGACAUGUACACGUUUUUCAAGAAUU